ACUAAUUUAUAAAUUACCUGUAUUUAAAAAAAACAAAAGAGAUUUUUAGGAACUUUUCCUGAGGAUCUAUAUAUUGGCAGCAAUGACGGCGCUUCACUGAUUGUCAAUAUUGUCAGUUGUCAAAAACAUCCUUCCGAAAAUAUUUUUUAGCAGGCCAAGAUGGUCCAGCGACUUGUUUUUAGACGACGGCUGUCGUACAAUACAAAAAGUAACAAGAGACGCAUUGUUCGUACUCCAGGAGGCAAAUUAGUAUAUCAAUACCUCAAAAAGCCCAAGAAGAUCCCAAGAUGUGGACAGUGCAAAGAUAAACUUAGGGGUAUUCAACCUGCCAGACCACAAGAACGUUCCCGUUUAUGCAGAAGGAAGAAGACAGUAAAGAGGGCGUACGGUGGUGUAUUAUGUCACAAGUGUGUUAAGGAAAAGAUUGUACGUGCUUUCCUUAUCGAAGAACAGAAAAUAGUUGUAAAAGUUCUUAAAGCUCAACAAGCUUCUAAGAAGAAAUAAUUGACAUAAUAAAUUUUAAGUAUAAGA